UUCGAUUUCGGUACUCGCGCAGUCUAUACGCCGUGCGUUUACAUCGCCGCCCGCGUCCCAGUGUAAACAAAUUUGUGAAGAAUUUAUAAAUUCCCGUGACAAAAUGGCAAUCAGCAGAUUAUCUAUUAUCAAAUUCCUGGAACUGGCGCUGACCUGCUCCUGUGUGGCAUUGCACUACCACAGCUACAAUGGUGAAGCUGAUAUAGGCAUGCUCGUCACCGGGACUUACGUCGGUUUCCUCAUUAUAUUUGCAGGAGCAGCUGCUGGUUACUUAAUGCAGACGCCGUCCCACCAACGCAUCGACAUCUUCUAUUCGCUCGUGGGCGUGGCCUUGUUCGUCGCCAGUGGAGCGGUCUUAAUUGACAGAUUCCAAAACACUUCUAAAUCGGAUUACACAAACAAGAACCUAGCGAAGGCUUCUUUGUCGAUCAUCAACGGAGCUGUCUUACUCAUAGACGCCGUGUUGACACAGCGUGGCGGAUAGACGGCGCUUUUUAUAUAUUUCUCCACAGAUUUUUAUGAAAUAUAGCUUUUAUAUUUUAAGAUUAAGUAAUUUAAUAUCACAUAUACAGAGGUACAAGAGACGAAUAUCUAGACUAUUAUAAUAUCCUCUCACGAUACGUAGGUUUUAUAGUAAAAGGUAAAACUCUACAGGAGCUUUAUAAUGGCUAUACAAGAUAUUAUACCUACUGCUGUCAUAUAAAAUCGUUAAAAUUUCAAGUUUCUUAGUAUUUUUAUAAAAGUUGUUACUGAAAUCCCUGAUUAGGUACAUCGUUUUUUUUAUACCUACAUUUUAAUUGUAACACAUUCUUAACCUCAAUUAAAGACUAGAAAAUAUACAGUCUUUGAACUAUUUUUUUUAAAAGACUUCAUCGAUUUACGUCACAAAAUUAUCACAACUAUGGAGGGUAGAGGUAAGGAGAGUCAUCUUAUA